CCCUGGGACUCCAGCCUCGCGAUGGCGUCCUCCCUGCUUGAGGAGGAAGCUCAUUAUGGCUCCAGUCCUCUGGCCAUGCUGACGGCAGCGUGUAGCAAAUUCGGUGGCUCCAGCCCUCUGCGGGACUCAAGCACGCUGGGCAAAGCGGGCACCAAGAAGCCCUACUCUGUGGGCAGUGACCUCUCAGCUCCCAAAGCCAUGGGGGAUGCCUAUCCAGCCCCCUUUUCCAGCACCAAUGGGCUCCUGUCACCUGCAGGCAGUCCUCCAGCACCCACCUCGGGCUACGCCAAUGACUACCCGUCCUUUUCUCAUACAUUCCCUGGGCCCACGGGCACCCAAGACCCCGGGCUCCUGGUGCCCAAGGGGCACAGCUCUCCUGACUGCCUGCCCAGUGUCUACACUUCUCUGGACAUGGCACAUCCCUACGGAUCCUGGUACAAGGCGGGUAUCCACGCGGGCAUCUCGCCAGGCGCAGGCAACGCUCCUACUCCUUGGUGGGACAUGCAUCCUGGGGGCAACUGGCUAGGUGGUGGGCAGGGCCAGGGUGAUGGGCUGCAAGGGACACUGCCUACUGGUCCUGCUCAGCCUCCACUGAACCCCCAGCUGCCCACUUACCCCUCCGACUUUGCACCCCUUAAUCCAGCCCCCUAUCCGGCCCCCCACCUGCUGCAGCCAGGGCCCCAGCAUGUCUUGCCCCAAGAAGUGUAUAAGCCCAAGGCGGUGGGCAACAGUGGGCAGCUGGAGGGCAGUGGUGGCACCAAGCCUCCCAGGGGUGCAGGCACAGGGGGCAAUGGUGGCUACGGGGGCAGCGGGGCAGGGCGUUCCUCCUGCGACUGCCCUAACUGCCAGGAGCUGGAGCGGCUCGGGGCAGCAGCAGCCGGUCUCCGGAAAAAGCCCAUCCACAGCUGUCACAUCCCUGGCUGCGGGAAGGUAUACGGCAAGGCCUCCCACCUGAAGGCCCACUUGCGUUGGCACACGGGCGAGAGGCCUUUCGUCUGCAACUGGCUCUUCUGCGGCAAGAGGUUCACCCGCUCCGAUGAGCUGGAACGCCACGUGCGUACCCACACGCGGGAGAAGAAGUUCACCUGCCUGCUGUGCUCCAAGCGCUUUACCCGAAGUGACCACCUGAGCAAACACCAGCGCACCCACGGAGAGCCUGGCCCAGGUCCCCCAACUGCCAGCGGCCCCAAGGAGCUAGGGGAGGGCCGCACCGCGGGGGAAGAGGAGGCCAGUCAGACACCCAGACCUUCUGCUUCCUCGCCUGCGCCCCCAGAAAAAGCCCCUGGGAGCAGCCCAGAGCAGAGUAACCUGCUUGAGAUCUGAGCCAGGGUGGGGCAGGGUCUCCAUCCCC